AUGGCAAAAUACGCGCUAUCCGUAUCCAUAUACACGUACUCAAAGUCUCGACGAUCCACGUACUUGUCGAUGAAAUCAUCUUCAAGGUGUCACAAAUCAUUACAAAAUCCAUCAUGUGUCGAUCACAUAUGGGUGUCUGAUUCUAAACGAUUCCACUACACCAGCAUUUUGGAAAACGACCUUUCUGAUUAUCACGAUAUAGUUGUAACUUUCUUAAAUGUGGAAAUACCAAAGAAAGAUCCUAAAAUUAUAAAUUAUCGUUGUUACAGACUUUUUAAUGACGAACAUUUUAAACAUGACCUUGAGUCACUUAUUGCAUCAAACAAUGACUUAAAUUACAACGACUUUGACGAACAAUUCAGUCAGUUGGUCAGCAAACACGCCCCUAUAAAAUACAAAGUUGUUAGAAAUAAUAACUCUCCAUUUAUAACAAAAGCAGUACGAAAGGAGAUAAUGAUUCGAUCGAGAUUUAAAAAUAUCUACAAUAAGCACCCUUCUAUUAAAAACUGGGAAAACUUCAAAAGGCAAAGAAACAAAUGUGUCACUGUUUGUAGAGACGCGAAAAGAAUUUAUUACACAUCACUAAAUAUGAACAACAUUUUUGAUAACAAAAAGUUCUGGAAAACUGUAAAGCCGAUAUUUUCCAACAAAUGUGUAAAAGAUACAGUCCAAGUAAUAGUUGAAAAUGAUCAAAUAAUUCGUGAAAAAGAACAUAUAGCAAAUAUAAUAAAUGAUCAUUUUGUUAAUGUCACGAAUACUUUGAAUAUUGAUGGAAUUCCGCACGAAAACUAUAACGAUAUUAAAAACGAUAUUGAAAACGUCAUCAAGAAUUACGAACAGCAUCCAAGUAUAAUAUGGAUAAAGAAACAUGUUACCACUACCAACAAAAUGAGCUUCAAAUCAAUUGAAAUUGACAUCAUGAAAAAGUAUAUUGGUAACCUAAAAGAAAACAAAUCUGGUCUUAAAGGAGCAAUUCCACCAUGUUUCCUCAAAUAUUACGUCGAUGUAUACGGAGAACAUAUCAACAAGCUGUUUGAGAAAUCUAUUGUCGAUGAAGUUUUCCCUGGAGCAAUGAAAUUGGCUGAUAUUUGUUGUAUUAUGUUUGAUCAGAUUUAUGAAUUUAUUGAUAGUAAAUUAUCACCUCUUUUGUCAGGUUUUCGUAAGGGUUUUAGCAGCCAGCAUGUUUUGCUUCACAUGAUAGAAUCGUGGCGAAAAGAUCUUGAUAAAGGAAAUGCUGUAGGGGCGCUAUUGAUGGAUUUGAGUAAAGCAUUUGAUUGUGUGGAUCAUAAUCUGUUAAUAGCGAAACUACAUGCAUAUGGUUUCUCAAAAAGUGCUAUAGGUCUUUUAAGGAGUUAUCUCACCAAUCGGUUCCAAAGAGUCGGAAUUGAUGGCUAUUUCAGCUUAGCUGAUGUUAAAAUUUGUAAUUACGCAGAUGACAAUACACUUUAUACAUAUGGAAAACAAUUUGAGGAGAUAAAGUGA